AUGCUCUUUCAGGAGCUGCGGUUCCUGGAGCGCUUCAAGGCCGCCAAGCGCUGCGGCUUCGGGGCCGUGGAGAUCUCAACGCCGGAGCUCUUUCAGCACUCCCCACAGGAGGUUGCGAGCAUUUUGGAUGCCGAGGGCCUCGAGUGUGUGCUCUUCAACAUGCCGGCUGGCGACUGGGCGGCCGGAGAGCGGGGCCUGGCAGCGCAGGCGGCGCGAAAAGGCGACUUCGAGGCGGCGUUGCAGCAGGCGGCGGAGUACGUGAAGCCGCUCCGGUGCCCGCGGGUGCACUGCCUGGCUGGCCUGCAUGGCUGCCGCGACACCUACCGCUCCAAUCUGGCCCGCGCAGUGGAAGUGCUGGGGGCACAGGGUGCCGAGGUGGUCAUCGAGCCCAUCAACCAGCGCAGCAUGCCCGGGUACCACUUGGCCUCCUUCCCAGAAGCUGCAGCGACCAUUUCGGAGGUGGCUGCUGGGCUGGCAGAGGAGCAGAGGGGCAAACUGAAGCUGCUCUUCGACGUCUUCCACUGCCAGAUCUUGCACGGUGAUUUGACCAUGAACCUGCGGAAGUAUGCCGCGCCUUAG